GAUUCUCUAAGGCGACAGGUUGUAGUUUUUGUUUUGGCCGGAAAGCCUUACUUGGGGUUUCCUCUGCUGAGAGAAAUAAAGAACGAUUCGCGGGGGUGACUAAGAUAAAUUCCUCAUUUUCAUUAUGGACUUUGAACUGACUUGUCCUUGUGUGAAUGGGAGCCAGAAAACCUUGAGAACUUCCAACCAAGCAGUGGUUUCUUCCUCGACGCGGACAUGGCACAAGAGAAAAUGGAACUAGACUUGGAGCUGCUGUCGAGUUCAGCCACCAAAGAUGACAUGCUGAGAAGAUCCAACAGCGCCCCUUUGAUCAGUGGGCUUGGUGAUAACUCACAGGUGUUCCAAGCUGACAUGGUAACUCCAAGAAAUGACCCAACGCUUAUGACACAACAUUGUCUGGUCAAUACAAUGCCAUUGAAGAGUUCCAAGUCUGUGAUUGACAUGACCGCAUUUUCAUCUUCAAAAGAUUAUUCUGGCUGCAAAGGGCUUUUACCACCUUCUCCCAUCCCCAUCCAUGCUUCCUUUGGUCGCCUUCAUCAAAUCAAACAGGAGGAAGGCAUGAACUUAAUGACUAGAGAAGCAAUGCAUGAAUGGGAGGUACAAACUGCACUACGGAUAAGUCGGUCUUGGGAAGAGAGUUUGAACCUGAGUGACAGUAAUUUAGAGAAACCAUCUUCAGAGAGCAUCGAUUUACUUCCAGUAUCCCCAGCAGCUCCUCCCACCCAGGAGAUUGGGAAGCAAUGUUUUCCUCCAUCGUUACAAACUUGUGUGAAUUACACCACUUUGCCUUCAAGUCCCGUUCCUAGUCCCACGCCACGAUUUCCAAUAGGAAGUCAGAACCCCACCAACAUUAUUAGACCAAGUAUCUGUGGAUCAUUAAAAAGAAAAGGUGAAAUGCUAUUUGAAGAUCAGCCAAAGAAACUUUUCCAAGGCACUACCAGCAUGAUUUCUUCCGAUACUACUCAACAGUCUGAUAUGAAUGAGUAGGAGAAGAAUGGGCCUAGUCAGAUAUAGAAUCUUCCCAGUCUGCUCAAGGCUUCGCCAACCAAAGAGCCUCCAUCUGACACAUCAGAUCUGUAAAAUAAAAAAGAGGGUACCUUCAUUCUCUGACAUUGUUUCCCGCCAGUGAUGAAAAGGAAAAGUUUCUCCUUAAGUCUAUAGUUCUAAUUCUCAACAGUUACGGUGUUUCGGGGCGGGGACAUGUGGGGAGGGUUCUCUGAAAAAUGGGAUAAAUUAAAAGCUUUGUGGUCACUUUAAAGAAAUGUCUGAGGGACGCCUGGGUGGCUCAGUGGGUUAAGCGGUUAAGCGUCUGCCUUCAGCUCAGGUCACAAUCCUGGGGUCCUGGGAUGGAGCCCCACAUUGGGCUCCCUGCUCAUGGGGAGCCUGCUUCUCCUUCUGCCUGCUGCUCUCCCUACUUGUUCUCUCUCUCUGACAAAUAAAUUUUUUAAAAAAUUUUAGGGGCACCUGGGUGGCUCAGUCGUUAAGCAUCUGCCUUCGGCUCAGGUCAUGAUCCCCGGGUCAUGGGAUCGAGCCCCACAUCGGGCUCCCUGCUUGGUGGGAAGGCUGCUUUCCCUCUCCCACUCCCCCUGCUUGUAUUCCUGUUCUCGCUGUCUCUCUCUCUCUCUCUCUCUCUCUCUCUCUCUCUGUAAAAUAAAUAAAUAAAAUCUUUUAAAAACUAAAAAUAAAUUAAAAAUUAAAAAAUAAAAGAAAUGCAGAACU